UUAAUUUUGACCUGUCAAAAUGGGUAAUUAUUAACGUAGAUCAAUUAGUACACCAAUCAGAAUGGCAUGUUGGUAAUGCCAGGUUAUACGAUAUUUAAUCUCAAGCAUGUGAUGUGAUUGCUCAGUUCACCGUCCUAUUCAACUGAGAGCACGCUUAGCUUUUUAUCAAUCCGAACUCAUCCGCCGGAAUGGCAUCCAAAUCCUACAGGACUCGGUCCAAAUCCAAAUCACAAACAUCUAAUGUUGCUCAAGAGAUUGCUGAUCUCUCGGCUCAAAUCGAGGAGCUACAAAUGUCUUUGCCUUCGGUUUCACCAUCCCACGCGGGAGCGCAACAACGAGUAGCUCCCCUCCUAACUCCCCAGGCCAUAGAAGCCCCGUCUCUGGCCCAGCAGCUCCAGCUGGAACGCACGAAGCAGGAGAACCUGAAGUUACAGCUGGAGCUGACCAAAGCGCAACUGGAGUUGGCUCGUUUUAACGCUCCCAUUUCAGCGCCCGUAGAACCCUUGGCUGAUGUUUUGAGUUCCACGCCGGCACGCCCCCUCACCGAUGUGCCCAACUUGGCGACACUUCGCAAGCUCCGUCGCGAUCGGGCAGUCCUUCCCAACGAAUUCCUCUUCACAACUUCUAAAGAUCGUUCUCAGCAACUCAUCCAUUACGCUUAUGAGGUGCAGCGCUUCGCUUUUCAAGAGUCCACGAAACGCAACAUGUGAAGUCAACUUGAAGCGUAUAUACAUUUUUGUUCUUAUUAUCAGUUAGUGCCAUUUCCGGUGACUAAGCAAACUUAUCUAGCGUACCUUGUAUUUCUUUCGCGUUCCUUAUCGUGUUAUCGCUCGGUGAUUAAUUAUGUCAACAUUUUGAAGCACGUUAACAAUUCGCUAGGUGCCGACUUAUCGUUUAUGCAGGGAUACGAUUGUGUGUUGACACAGAAAGCACUUCGGCGCAUGAUGGGUGAUCAGGUGUCUCACACUCUACCGAUAACCAUCACGAUUUUACUAAAAUGUGUUCAGAAUUUUGAUUCUCGCAAUGUAUUUCAUGUAUGCAUGCAUGCAGCGUUUUUAGUCGUUUUUUUUUUUCGUUCUUGCGUAUUUCCAAUUUAUUGCCAUACAAAGCAAGCGAUUUGUUAAGUUCCGCAAACCUUUUCCUUAGACGCAAUCAAGUGGUCUUUGUUUCCUCUGGUGCUCUAUUGUCGGUUUAUCGAACUAAAACACUUCAAUUUCAGGAGCGGAUCUUAGAGAUUCCUUUGCCAACCAUACCAGGUUCGCCACUUUGCCCUGUUUCCGCAUUGAAGCGAUAUUUCGAUAUAGUUCCUGCAGCGCCGAAUAGUCCCUGUUUUGUAAUUCCUCGCGGCAUCCAAACGACGCCAGUUUUAGCUUCGCACUUUAAUUCUUUUCUUAAGAAAUGUGUUUAUGCCAUAGGGCUGAAUCCCUCCAAUUUUUCGUCGCGCAGCUUUCGCAAAGGCGGGGCUACAUUCGCGUUUAAUCGCGGGGCACCGACUGAAUUCAUCAAAGCGCAGGGUGAUUGGAAGAGUGAUGCAUAUUUAGUCUACUUAACUCUAUCAAGUAGAAAAAAGCUUGCUAUUCUCAAUUCUAUUACAACUAGGCUUGCCAACAAGCAAUAACACAGUUAUCGUUAUACGUGUCAAUACUCUUCAUGCCAUUCUAUUUCUAUGAAUAUAUUUGUUUCUUAUUUCUUUCUAUUCAUAUUUUUAAUUAGUUUAUUAUUUUUUCGGGUUUGGGGUUUAUUCAUUUUAUCGUAUUUUAUUAUUAUUAAUAAUUCACUUGUAAUUUAGAUCAGUGGCAGAUUUUAAUAAAUUAGUUGAACCCCA